AUGGCACGUCCUCGAUUAUACCGCUUAAGAUAUCUUUCAUAUCUUUACACUACCCCUAGAAGUUAUACUACCAUGCUGGAAGUGCAAAAAAGCAAGCCCCACGAACUGCGGACAGCAGGACAGCCUCGACAGAGCUCAUUCUACCAGCUUAAGGUAUACCAUAUAUCCCAGAUCAACCCGACCAUUCGCCUUGUCCGAUUCAACAUAAUUUCCAGUUGUGACUCACUUGACUGGUCUGGGGGGAAUUCUGAGAGUUGGCUAGAUGUUCAUAUUCCUAAUAUCAAACAUGCUGGCGGAUUCACGAUAACAUCCACCCCUCAAGACGCCUCUCCCCAGCCAACCACCAAUGCCGCUACGGACGACAGUAAUAGCUCUUUACCCUACCUUGAGUUGGCCGUUCAGUUUUCACCGACUAACCCGGCAGCGAAGUGGUUUUGGCAGCCUGUUGAGCUUAUAUUAAAUACUCCAGUUAAAGUCAGGGUUGGAGGUAAUUUCGUCUGGCCUCCGCCAAAUGGAAUGUCCUUUGACGAGAUCAAAAAAAUUGUAUUAGUGGCCGGUGGCGUGGGUAUAAACCCGCUUAUAUCAAUGAUAUCAUAUAUCCACCAGACACGCUCAAGCCUUCCAUCUUCAAUGGUUCAUCUUUUGUACUCGACCAAAGUCCCUUCACAAUCGAAAUCUCCUCCCACCAUACCUAUAGAUAGGAUGAUACCAAGUAAGGCUGGAAAUAAUGUAUUAACUAGCCCAGCAUUUCAAAUUUUGUUCCUAGACCGUCUUCAACGUAUCCUUCGCAACUGGGAUGAAGGGGGCGAGAACAAUAAUCCCCUCGACAUACAACUGUUCAUCACAAACAUGUCCUCAGAAAGCGGAGACGGGUGUACGACCAACCUUCGCUCUGAUAUAUCAGACUUGGAUAAUCGAAUAACCACCUUUGAUCGUCGCAUCGGGGUAGAAGAUUUGCGUAGAGCCAUCGGCGAAAACGAAGAAAUUAGGAAUGGUACCGUAUGCUAUAUUUGCGGUCCUCCGAGCAUGACUGAUAGCAUUGCCAAAGAACUACAGAACAUCCUAGGCGACAGAAAAUCAGAGGGGAAGGAAAGAGUGUUCUUCGAAAAGUGGUGGUAA